AUGGCGAACCGGCUUCUUUUCUGUACCGUAGAAGUUUUACUCAGUGCUGUGGUGUUAUGGUUUCCAGUGAAAACCUCGGGUAAGUUUUCAAUUUUCGAUUUUCAAUUUUGGAUUCAAUAGUAGGACGACCUUCGUUCCCUUCACUUUUAGAACACGCGCAGUUGUUCUUUUGUUGGCGCAAUAAUGAUGGCUAUUUAUUUUCCGAUGAAACCUUCACUCAGAUUUCUUCAUUAAGAAGUAUAUAAGAAAACCAUCUUUAAAGCUUAAAAAUGUCAUAAUCAUUUUCGUAAUAGAGAUUUUUCUUUACCAUAAGGUGACCACGCCACUUACAUGUGCAGCAAUCUUGUGUUAUCUUUCAUCAGAUGAUAUUCCCGUCUAUUUUGUCAUUAACGCUCUAAAUAAUACCACAAAAUCUUAAUAAAAAAGGCAAUGGGUAAUAAACGUUUUUUUGUUUUAUAUUAUAAGUCAAAAUUUCCAUGCAUUGAAAAACUUUCUUCGUGCGUCCGACAACAUUUUACGACAUUUUCACUCGGCGUAGUAAUAGUUUAAGUUUACCCUGUUCAGAAUUUUAAAAUAAACUUUGAAAUAUUUAUUGUAUAUUAUUAAAAGCUACUAAAUUGACGACAUAAGAGAAACGGAAGCUAAAUUUUGUACCAGAUUUCAGUUUAACGUGUUCCUCAAAAUUUUUGUUGGGUGAACUGCAGCGAAAGGCCGUUACGAUAUUAAUGUAUAGGAAAACCGGAAGUCCAUGAAAUGGAGAAAACGACACAAAAUUAAAAUUCAGUGGUGUAUUGAUUUUCUUGACGAAUAUGCGAUGUUUAGAUCCUUGGAAAUGGUGGGUGCUAAUAUUCGAUCAGAAUUUUAGAUCUUAGGCCCAUUAUCAUAAAUAUUUAGGCAGAUCACACAUUCACUGACAACGUACAGAGUUCAGCACUUCGGUUUACAUAAUCAGGAUAAUUUAGAUAAGUGGAGUUUUAUUGAGGAAUAAAGUGUUACUUCAGUGUAACAUGAGCAUGUUAAAAGGCACUUUUUAGGGAAAUUUAGGAUCAGCCGUGAUUUUUUAGUCAUCCCUGAAAUUAGACAGGUAACUACUGGUGACUACCGGUAAAAUCUUAAAUUUAAAGCGUUUGCAUUGAAAAGUGAAAAACCCCAGGCCAAGGUUAAUUGCUGAAAAUAGGACCAAGCUGGGAGACUUUUUUAACGAAACGUAAGAGAUGCAUUACUCUUUUAGCAGUGUGAUUAUACACUUAUUAGCAAAUCAAAUACGGAGAACGAUAAUUUUAUUUUAUGCUUCCAAUAAUGACCUGCCCAAGAUAAGAGCACACAAGAAAAAUCUUUUCCUGAGAAUACAUGUACCGGUGGAAACAACCAUGCGAGUACACGAUUGAGUUGAAACACUGAAAAAUGCGAGCACACUAGCUAGUUUUUCUGGUCGUCAGCCAUCAUAGAACCGAAGGACAAUUCUAAAAAUGUUUUGCCUUUUGCGUUGUAUUGUACAAUUUAAAAGAUGUGUUGAUUAUAAAUUAAAAUUUUGGGUUGACAAUAAAACCAGAACUCCACUUCCUCUUCUUGACGAUACAAGAACGAUAUCACAGCAAUCUUUAUUGAUCAAACCUCUCCAGUUGUAAGAACUGUUUGAACGCUGUGAGCGUCCACUAAAUGAGAAAAGCUAAGGCUAUACGUUGAAAAUUUUAGAUGUUUAAUUUAAGUGACGCGUAUAAACAUAUUUCAGAAAGCUUCAUUAGCGUGACUUACAAACCCAAACAACAGGUGCUUCAAUUAUUUGUUAGAUCAGAACACGCCAAAGAACAGCUGCACACUCAGUGUCUACAACAGAAUCCCAGCGCAUUAUUGUUGCUUUAAUAUAAAAAUAAAUAUUAUUUUGGUUAGAAAAUUUAAAUAGCUUUCUUCCCUGUGAAACAAACGUAGGACGCAAAAAUGUUUUGAAACAGAAUUGUUUCAAAUGGGUUAUUUUAAUUUGGUAGAGGCAAUCAUCUAAAGUUCUUUCUUCUAACGCAAUGUAUUUUUCAGUUUCUAGUUUUCUUUCGAAUGAACAAAUAGGUGUAUCGCUGCUUUAGGCGGAUACUGUGAAAGGAAAAAUGCCUAUCGGUUUGUCCUAAUGUCAGUUCUGUCAUGGCUACAAACACAUAACACCUUUCUCGAUCUGCAUAAUCAUUCAUAUCAUAAUCAGCCUCAUUCAAUAAUUCUUUAUUAUAAACACUGUAUAGUAAUUAGAAAUAAUGAAAUGAAUGUAUUUUGUGGUUUAAUUUAAUUAUUGAAUUUAUGUUGCAAGGAUGACAGUUUUUACGUUUCUGAGUUUACUGCAUUUUUUUCGUUGUAAAAAUGAGAUCUUAAUGGGUUUUAACCUCGUCUUCGGUCUUUUUUAUUACUUAGGAAUCCGCAAACCAUGUAACAUACCGUAGACGUAGUCACCGUGACACAAGGCAAAUAUAAGAAUUUUUAAUUUUAUAUAGCUGUGUGUGUACUCUGCCCACAGGCAGGUCCUUCCUUAUAGUUCUCGAUCUAAGGCGAGCCUGUUGACUGCUACGUAAGUAAGGGCUGCCAUUCUUUACUCUAUCCAGGAUUCCCACUCGAGGUCUUCCAAGUGGACUCUUUCCUAUUAUUCUUCCCUCGAUAAAUAAUGGGACAAGUUCACCAUGCUGUAGGUUAUGACCAAGCCAGACUCUCUGGGCCAAAUACUUAAACGUGGUUUAGCCAGUGUUCUAAGUCAUUUUCAAUUUACCCCAACGAUUUUAUCUAAACUUCAUUUAUUGUGAACAGUUUUAUGAAAGCAUGUAGAGAAGACUAGAAAAGCAUUUAUCUUCUUAAAACAAACCACGAAAGAAGAGAUCUGGAGGUUCAAUGAUCCGUUAAACCGCUGCUUAUAAAUAAUAAAUUAGACUUCGUUUAAAUAUUUGGCCCUCUAAGUUCUGUUGAUAACAGACAUGAUAUAUGGCUCUCUACUCACCGACACGCCUCAAUACUUCAUCGUUACAGACUUAAUUUGUCAGACCAAGUGAUGUUUAAGAACUUUCUCCAAAGGCACAUCUCACAGCCAUCCAGCCUACGCAUGUGUCCUCUUUCUUCAAGUUCCAUGAUUCGGCUCCAUACAGAAGAGUAAUCCACAUGACAGUCUUCAUAAUUCUCUUCUUCAGGCAAAGCCAAUGCUUUUGUCAGCAGGUCUUUUCUCUUAGUAAACGCGUUCCUUGCUUUGGCUAUACUCGAUCUAGUUUCUUCUUCACAGGAUCCGUCCUGUGUAAUGAGGCUCUUAAGGUAGUUAAAGGGCGAUUCUUGAUUUAAUUGUUUACCCGCAACAAAAGAUCGUGAAUUCCUCACCAGGACUCUUACUUAUUUUCAUCAUGCACCUUAGUCUUCUUAACAUUGAUCUUCAUACCAUAUUCUUCCGCCGUUUCCUGCUUAGCUACUGGCUGAAAAAUGUCUCGUACAGCUUUAGUGUGAUUGAAGAAAUAUUACGAACGUUGACGACUGCGAGUAGUUUCUUAUUUUUCCUUAAAGUGGCAUUUGCUUAACACGCGAGUGGCAGUAGAGUAGCCGCAAGAACGAGUAGCCAGGGUUUACUGAGGUUCCAGUAAAAUAAAACACCAUUAUCGUUACCCUUAUUUAUUUAGUUCAAGAGAAAAUGAUCUCUUGUUUAGUUAUAUUAGCCCGGCCCAUCAAUCCUAUAAUCAACCUCGUUCCCAGGGUUCUCUCCUAUAAUGGGCUAUUAUAAAUAAGCUACCUUAGGUAUCAUCCACCCUUAAGCACCCUCCCCGCGUUGAUCGGCGCUAGCGCUUUUGCUUUUAAUAAAUACCACCAUAAACCGUACAUUUUCUGAAAGCUUAAUAGUUCCAGAUUAUUGCUUAUUCCUUUUAAAAAAUCAAAAUAUUAACGCGAUUCAGAAAUGAGAAGCUUUUUGUGAAAGUGGGUGUCACUGUAAAUUUAAGUCCAGGCCAGCCAAAAAUAAACGCUUCUUAACACGUUUGACUGAAAAACCGUAUCUCAGAUUUUUGUCAAGUGGGUUUGUUCUUUUGUUAUAAGCAGGUAAAGUUAGGGAUAGCAAAUCAUUAGCACUACCUGUGAAAAAAUACUCUUACUCGAAAACGAAAAAAGAAAUCAAAAUUCGCAGGCACGGUUUUUUAGAAAAACUAUCUGACAGUACGUUGGCCAAAUUUCGGCCAAAUUGGUUCACGGGUUGCCCACUUGGAGUUUAAAACGUACCCUCAACUUGCCCUGAUUUUCAUUUCGAAAAACAGGGGAAAAAGAUUUUUGGCGGCGUAUUACCCGUGACGAGAUUAUAACAGAUUAUAGCACCAAAGCUGUCAAUGUUGAUGUAUACCAGAAAAGGGACAACAAUAGUGACACAGCAGGAAAACGGGUUACAAACGAAACCCGACAACAGAAUUUAUUUCAAAGGCUCUGCGCUGUUCGAUCCUUCUGUUGUAGCCUGAGUAUCAGGCCUUCCUAAGGGGCUAGGGGAGAGGAGAUUUUGAUACUCAGGCUACUUCUGUUGUCGAGAAAGCAUCUUUAGUUAUUUGCGACUGGCAGUUUUCAUUUUGAGCCAAGCCAACUUUUACUCGAUGCAUUUUCUAAAAGUUCGACACUUCCCUGGAACAAUCGACAACAAACCAGUUCCUGGAGUUUUUCUUGAAGCUGCUUUCCCACAACAAUAGACUUUCAAAAAAGUCCUUCCUCCGAUUUUUAUAUGGCGCGGGACCUGUCGCGAAUUUAUCGCUCCGCUCGCUAAGAAACUCGUGAAACUCGAUUUCGCGUAGUUUCAAUGGUUUUUUCAGAAGUUUGUCACCUUUUAGCUAUUUUUCUUGAUUGUAGUAGGAGCCCUUGUCGCUCUCUUGUCUCUCACACUUUGCAAAACGAUUUUGUCGUCUUCUUUUGUCUUGGAGUCAAGGACGAAAACGGACAAGCUCUUUUUUCUUUUUUGGAGGCAUUCACUUCCAAAAUCCAGGGGAAAACAGUGAGCACUAUACUUGUAGACCACGAUUUCUGUCAAAUAGCGUGAUUAGCUUGGUUCAACAGCGGCAUGCGUGUCAAGUAUGACGGGACUUGUCAACGAUCAAUUAAAAUAAUUAGCAUAGAAAAAACUUUAGUGCUCCAUAAGCCUGCACAGAAAAAACAUUUUUUUCUGGAAUUUUUUUAAAAGAAAGCUCUUGAUAAGCUCUACUUAAUCAUCUUAAAAUUGAAAUUUCGAAAAAUGAUGAUUUUUUACCCGGGAUGAUACCUUAAGUAGAGAUUUUGUUCACGAUUUCGUUCAUUGCUGUCUUUUGCAGGUCUCCAUCCUCCAUCAGGGGUGAAUGUUGAGGCAGUACACGGAUCGGAUUUUUUGAUUAUAUCAUGGAACUACCAAAGGGAUGUCCCCUACUACAGAAUUUUGUUCGCUAAUCCACCGGAUGAGGCUGGUCCUACGCCCGUGUACUGUUUACCUGACAAUACAACAUGUAGUUACUGCGUGUCAAACCUCAAUACACCAGACGUGUCUUGUAUUACACUCAACAGCCAUUAUACGGCGUCCGUCAGUAUAAAACUUAACUACGAGCAGCUAGUUAGUGUGAGAGUGGAAGCGUGUAAGGAUUUAAUCCCAGAAGAAUGUCUACAGCGUAGUGAAUGGACAAAUUAUACCAUUCCUCCAGGAGGUAAGUUGCAAUUGAAACCAAGAGCAAGAGCUACAAAUGGGAUCCCCUACACAGUUACACUCAAUUGGGACUUGGAGAUAUCAAUGGUCUUCACCAGUUUCUCAGGGGUCAAGCGGUCUUUAAUUUCUUUUAAUGGCAGUAGAGUAGCCGCAAGAACGAGUAGCCAGGGUUUACCGAUGUUCCGGUAAAAUAAAACACCAUUAUUAUUAUCCCUUAUUUAUUUAGUUAUAUUAGCACGGCCCAUCAAUCCUAUAAUGGGCUGUUAUAAAUAAGCUACCUUACAGGGAUUAUUUUGAGUAGAGAUUUUGUUCACGAUUUCGUUCAUUGCUGUCUUUUGCAGGUUUCCAGCCUCCAUCAGGGGUGAAUAUUAAGGCAGUACACGGAUCGGAUUUUUUGAUUAUAUCAUGGAACUACCAAAAAGAUGUCCCCUACUACAGAAUUUUGUUCGCUAAUCCACCGGAUGAGGCUGGUCCUACGCCCGUGUACUGUUUACCUGACAAUACAACAUGUAGUUACUGCGUGUCAAACCUCAAUACACCAGACGUGUCUUGUAUUACACUCAACAGCCAUUAUACGGCGUCCAUCAGUAUAGAACUUGAUUACGAGCAGCUAGUUAGUGUGAGAGUGGAAGCGUGUAAGGAUUUAAACCCAGACGAAUGUCCACAGCUUAGUGAAUGGACCAAUUAUACCAUUCCUCCAGGAGGUAAGUUGCAAUUGAAACCAAGAGCAAGAGCUUACAAAUAGGAUCCCCUACACUCAACUGGGACUUACCUCCUCUUUUGUUUAGCUAGCGUGAGGAUGAGUUUACGUUGUGUUUUUUUUCUUUCAUGGUAGCACCGAGUCCUGUGAGGAAUGUUCACGCACGUCCAUUGUCGUCAAAAACUGUCGAGGUCAGCUGGACUGCACCAAAUCAAACCAGGGGAACGAUAGUUCUGUACUCUGUACUUUACAAAAAAGAAAACGUAUGUUGUCUGCAAGUUUAUGUUUAUAGUUGUUAUCAGUUUGCUUAGUUUUAAGGGUGGAGAAGGAGGCUGAACAUGCGCUGUGAAGACACUAAACUCGUUACCAGGAUUUUUCUCUUGUAGAUGUGGGGAGGGAUUCCUUUUCUUGUAGAGACCUUUUGGAUGUAAAUGUAUUAAUAUCAAAAUUCACAGCGAGGUCCAGAACAGAGGACGUAGCAAAAGAAAAGAAUGAACUGUUAUCCACAUUUUGCUUCCAACCCUGUGUUAAGUGGAAAUUGAAUAUCUUCAAACAAGAGAAAUUCUCGUUCUUCAACGUCAGGGAGCCUCAGCAAAGACAUUUUUGAGCGACGCACGUCCAUCGGAAGUGAGGCCUUCCCCCUUUUUAUAUGCCUUGACGCACGUUCCUUGACUCUAACAAAUUUGUAUUUAUAGUGCUGAGUGUCCAUUCCCUUAUAAAGACCAUUUGCCCGAGAGUUUGAACCAAACCACAGCCAAAGGAUGCAAAAAUUCCACAUCUGGUUGAAAUGCUCGCUCAACGCUGUUACUUAGGCUCCCUUUGAUUGAUUAAGGAAAACUCGGGGGAAUAAAUUAUGUGGCAAAUCACUCGCGAAAAGUGAGGAGAGCAGGGGCGUAGAUACCUGUACGCAUGGUACGCUCGUGCGCGCCUAAAACAAGCCGUGUGUACAAAAAAGAUAUAAAAUGAAUAGACAAUAAAAAAUGAAAAGUUAAUUCUAAAAAGAAAGCAAAAUAUCUAAAGAUAAUUAUUUUAAGAGCACAGUUUGCCUCAAUUCAUUCAACUCUGGUUGCUUCUUAGAAAUAUAUAUUUUUUUGUAAAACAACCAUCCGGGUUUUUUUUUUCCCUCUCCACCCAAAUGUCGGUUCCCAGAGAAACGAAGUAAUUCAUAAUGGACCGAAUCUUGAAUAACAUAUAUAUCUAGGGAAAAGAUGGCAGGCGUUUUUACUAAAAACGUGCUCAGAUUGCUAACCGUUUACGCACAUUGAUAAAUCCUGGGAGCAACGACAAAGGCAACGGUGACGGCGACGGCAAUGAGCCCAAUAAGUAAAUGAAAAACAACAAAUUUUGUACGUCCAGAGCGCUUUUCUUUACAACCUGUGCGAACACGACCGUAAAUUCCCUUUUGCGCCGUUGUUCGGAGGACGUAAACACAGGGGCAAAUUCAGUUUCUUCUUCUCAGUCCGAACUUGGGUGCGGUCCGCAGGGCAUCCGAAGGGAAGUUCGCCUAUAUUUACCACUUUACGAGAAUUGUCGGCGAUAAACGCGAAAAAGUUAAAAAAAAAAAAAACGGGCAUUCGGCAUUUUGAUAGAUAGGGACGUUUUCGUUGCCCUCGCCGUCGUCGUUUCUAGGCAACCUAUAUUCAUGAAAGUGACAGUUCUAUUUUGGUUUUACUGCAAGCCGCAAAGUAUCCGGAUAAGUUGGACAAAUUGUUUAUACUGCAAAACUUUGCGAAUUUACAAGGCAUUGGUUUCAAAAUCAAUAGAGACUUGACCAAAUCGGCACCUUUUCAAUUCGGAUUCACGUGCUACAUCUGCUUAAUAUAAAAACGACGAACGGACCCAGUAACAAAAUAAAGUAAUGAACCCGGAAAAAGUAUGUAUCCUUAUUGCAUGAUAGAUGAUUGACGUGCAUCAUGCAUCAGUCAAUUCACCCAAAGACCCGAAAAAGUAUUUCAGACGUUGCUAAAUGUUAUAUCAUAUGCAGAAAAAAAAACUCUUAGGCUUAAAAGUAAAACGUUACCAAAUCUUUAGUCAAGGAAGUUGUUUUUUUGUUUUUUUGUUUUUUUUGCGUUAGCGGGGUGGGGGGAAGGUUGUUCAAAGCGAUUUGGAGAAUUGUGCGUACCUCUGAAAAAAUCCUGGCUACGCCCCUGGAGAGUCGAACAUAGAUGGCUUAUUCAAUGCUUUGCUCCUCGAGUCUAUCACAGAUCAGUCAGUAAACCCGAAACAAUGAUACUCAUCCUAUUCUUAUUUCUUUCUUUCAAUUCUUAAUAUCACUAGGAUCAAGAGAUGAAAAGGGUGUUUAGAAACGCUGGGAAAGGAAUUCUAACGCGGCUGUCUGCAAAAACAACAUAUAAAAUCUGGGUAACGGCGUCUACAUCUAACAGAGAAGGACAGCGUUCUACUUUGACUACCGUGGAAACCUGUGAGUACUUCUUAGUUCAAAUCAAGGGUGGAUUUCUGUAUCUUUUUAACUUUGAAGUGAUAAGCCUCCUAUUUUAUUGCCUUAUAUUUUUCAUUUCUCUUGUUUCCAACUUUUGUUAGACGCUGACGAAUGUGAGUCUAGUCCCUGUAAAAACAAUGGAAAAUGUCACUUGUAUGGCGGCUCUUACAAAUGUCUAUGCGAAGAGCACUGGGAAGGACCGAGAUGUGAGAGUAAGUUUUUACCGGACUUAAUAGAUGAACUGAAAGUUACCCCGCUGAAAGAAGUAAUAUUUAAACUAAAGGCAUUCUUUGGCAAUCUUGUCGUAAAAACUAGAAUGCAACAAACGUUAACAGUUGGCCUUUUUCACUUUUCACUGCCAAGAUGAAAUGGCUGUGCGCAUGCGUAUCUUGGAGUAUGGUAGAGCAACCUUUAAAGAGCAACCUUGCUGUUUCGUUCUUCGGGGUCGUAAUCGUUAAAGGUGAACGGACGCCCUGACUUGAGAUAAGUCGUAUGAAAUGUUGCAAAGAUGCUCAAAUUCACCGUCGUUUCUUUUGGGCACGUGGUCUUGUUCUUACAGGACCUCGGUAAGAGAAUUUUUGCUUGCGUACGCAUGUAAAUUUUAAGCGUGUAAGUAAAAUAGAUCGAGGCAAUGCAUGGGAGUUCGUUCGUAAACGUAAAAGUUCACUCGCAGCUUUCAUACAUUUUCUCUUUUGUAUUCACGCUAGUAAAUUUUACGUUCAUGCGCACGUAAAAACACAGUUGAAACCCACACUAAAAGUGGAUUUUUAUUGUUGCGUAAAUUUUACGUGGGUAUGGGUAUGAACAAAGAAAUGAAGUCUUCCUCAAUGUUCUUAUUUAGAGCGAUAUAAAAAAAAAUCAGAGGAUCCUAAAGUGAUCAGGAAAUGAAAGAGAGGAGAAUAAACAGUCUCGAAAAAUUACAAUAUGCCACUUCCACAUUUCCCAUAAUGCACCUCAUUUGCUCCUCAAAUUUUGCAUAAGCAUUGUUUUCAAUUUCUCUUGGGACGGCUGUAAUACCCAGAAGAAAUGAAAAACAAAGGUUAUGAAACAUAUUUUUUUUUGGGGGGGGGGGAGGGGAGGGGGCAAAUAAAGUGCAUUAUGGGAAAUGUGGAAGUGGCGUAUUGGCCGGGCCUAUGGUCACAGGAAUACACAGUAAUUUUCAAAGUAACCAUUGCAAUAAAACGUAUAUCAAGUAGCAAAAUGACCACAGAAGAAAACAAAUGAAUCAAAGUUGGCCAAAGAAACUGAACAAGAGAUUGUAAGUUAUAAUACCUCAGUACAGCAACCUCGUUACCAGGCUCUCCCUUCUGUCAACUACGAGGAUAACCUGGUUUUAAAUAGAAAAUAAUCUGGAAACGAGUUCUCAGUGGAAGUGACUUAAUUAAGUGCUAUUUUCAGUUCCCGAAGGGUUUUAUAUGAAGGCGAAAAAAUGUCUUGACGCGGGAAGAGAGGGCAACUCCUCACUUUACAGCAAUGUCAGCCUGGAAUUUUGUGUUAAAGAGUGCAGAGCUAUUUCAAGGUAAAAACAAUGCAGUGAACUGAAAUUGUGCAGUGAUUAAUUUGAUUUUACCUAAAAGUUCCCCAAAGGAUAUACACCUUCUCAAAUACCGCCAGGGACCUCCCGCUGGACAAGGAGGUUGAGGGAUCAGGGUAUGAGAUAAAAGGGAUGAAAUCUAGCCUGAGAAAACAGCCGCGUGGGAAAUUUAUUUCAAACAAUCAGAAGCACUACCUAGAUCUGGGUAGUGACGCGUCAUCAGUAUGAAAUUUCUGCGCUCGUUUCUCAGUCGUCAGUUGGCGGGGAAACCAGUGGUAGCAUCGCCAAAUGUCGGCUGUUUUCUCAGGAUAGAUGAAAUAUUGAAGGCAAGGAUAGACAUUUGUUAAAAAUGAGUAAUGGGGACCAUGCUAUUAUCAUGACAUCUUUCUUAUUUUUUGUUUCGCGAAUCUUAUUUUCUGCAUCAAAGAAAUGAAAUAUAGAAAUGAGCAGCCCCAUUCUCUCUUGGCAGCCCUAUGGUAAUCAUAAAAAAGCACAGCGUGGUAUUUGCUUGGCAAGGGCUUUCCAUCUGCAUAACGUUUGCCAGACUCAGACCUAACUCACUUAGACCGCGUUUAAAAGAGCCAGUAGAGUAAAAGUUUGACAUUUAAAAUAUUAGUUUUUCAGCCUGGGCUGAAUGCAUUUCCCAUCUGAUUCAUGAUAAAAUAAAAGUAAUUUUGUUAGAUACUGGCUGAGCUCCGUUUCAAUAAUAACUGACAGUUAACCUAUAAUAUAUCCAUUUUUUGCAGUUGCAAAUCGUUUGAAUAUGGACUGGGGUACAACAGCAGUGGAACAUUUGUGAAUACUCUUCACAUAAAAUCUCUUGGACUCUGCAAACUGCAACAUGCUAGCGUAUCACACCAACCGCUUAAUGAUUGUCCCUAUGACUACUACGAAAAGAAGCCUCCUGUAUCUUCGAGCUCGGAUGUGUUUUUAUCAAAAGCAUUAUUUACAGGGCAUCUUGCUUUGAUGACUUCCGUGACAGCGAUCCUGAGUCUGAGCCCUUUAGCUCUUGUUUGAUUGUUGAUUUUGGCAAAUUAAGCAACCACAAGUGAACAAAUAACGACAAACGCUCAUUGGAAUUUAGCUUGCAGGCAGGCGUUUUCAGACGGGCGCCCAAGCACUUGGAUUUGCAGGGGUUGUUAUCGCGCUUUAUUCUAUUAUUCUGACUUCAAAAUCAAUCCACUUAGGGGAUACUGAAGCUCGCUCACUCGCCAUACAGCCCCCCC